AACAAUUAACACUUCUAUUACAGGAGGGCAUAAGACAAUCCAAUAUUCAUUGAUGCUAGCCGGCCACACCAAAUUCUCAUGUGAUUGGCAUUUUGGAGUGUGGAAAAACAGAUGGAGACACAUGGAUGCAGAGACAGUUGAGGAGGUGGCUUCCACAGUAGCAAUGUCAUCCCGUAAUGGCCACAACAUCCCCCAUAUUGUUGAUGGCAACAGCAAACCAGUGUUGUUCUAUGACUGGAGCACCUUCUUCAAAGGCAUGUUCAAACCAUUGAAGAACAUUUCGAAAUACCAUUCAUUUGAGGUGUCUUCUAACGAGCCUGGGGUUGUAAGAGUAAGGAAGUUUGUUGAUGCCCCUGAGGAGAAAAUUAACAUACUGAAAACCUGCCAAGUGGAUAUUUGUGUUAUGCCAGAGCAGAUCUUUGGUGAGGGAAUAAAUGCUGAAAGGCAAUGGUACUUGCAUGAUGUAAUAAGAGACUUUUGCAGAUCGGAUCAUGCUAAAAACACAACAUGCCCUUUGCCAUUAGUUGCAAAAGAAGGCUAUUCAAAGGCCAAAAAACAAAAGUUGAAAUAGGUAACUUUAUUGAGAACACUUUCUGUGUGUGUUUCAGCAAAAGGUAUAGUUUGUGUCUUGCUAUAAACAGAUUGGCAUGUAUAAGUUGAAGUUUAAUGUUUUCAUUUUCAUUCAAAGAAUAUAUU